GUUGUAGCGUACCGACCAUGGACACGUGACCUGUUUCCAAGAGCGAGCGUUUCUGCAUGAAGAAAGCGCUCUUCGCUUUUGGCCAAUGGUAUGACCUGCAGAUUCAGGUCAGGCCAGUGGCUACCAAGGCUCUCACAUCGUCAUUCUUGGCUGUUUGCAGCAGCGUAGUGGCACAGAUCAUCCGGCGCAAACUUUCCUUAAAAGAGGUCUUGAGCUUUACUUUGCAGGCAGCGCCACCAUUCUCGCACUUCUGGUUUGCAAUGUUGGAAGCAAAACUUGGGCCUGGCAAAGCUCUUUUGAAGACUGCCUUGGAUCAGCUCUUCUUCAGGCCAAUCAUGGUUUUCUAUUGCUUCGUCGCUACUGGUGUGCUGAGCGGCAAGCGCUGGGCGGAGGUGCACGCCAACGUCCAACGGAAUUUUGCGAAGGUUGUUAUUAACUCGUGGAAGGUUUGGCCUGGUGCCAUAUUUCUGACACAGAGGUACCUUCCGCAACACUACAGGUCGGCGUUUAUUGAACUACUGGCUUUCUUUUGGGAUGUUUACGAAAGCCUGAUGAUUUGCAGCGAGGAAGUCACAGAUGAAAAGGAAUGA